AUGGCCGAGCCCGAGAAGAAACUCGACACAGACUCACCUUUUCAGAAGGAGGGCGCCUUGCACCACGAUGAGCGCAAGAAGAGCAUCGCGGAACUGACCCAAAACCUCGAGGGAGAGAUCAAGAACCCGCUCAAAGGCAUCCCAAAGGCGGAGCUCCUCGAGCAAGUCACCGUCUACCAGAAAGCGCACGGUCUCCCCGAUGACAUCCUCCCCCUUUUGAAGAAAGGCGCUCUGGUCGCGCAGAACCCGGCAUUGUUCGAGUCGAUUGACGAACUCGAUGAGAGUGAGAAGCAGGCCCUGCGCGAGGAAGUGACCCACCGGUGGAAGCAUCCUUGGCCGCUCUACUACACGAUCAUCCUUAAUUCCAUCGCCGCUGCGAUCCAAGGAUGGGAUCAAACUGGCUCCAACGGUGCCAAUUUGGCAUUCCCGGUGGCGCUUGGCAUCCCUGAUACAGCUGGCUCGGCUUGUGGCCCUGUUGCAAACGAGGGCGACUGCGCAAAGAACAGCUGGAUCAUCGGCUUUGUCAAUUCCAUGCCCUACAUCACGAUUUGUCUCUUCGCUUGUUGGAUUUCCGAUCCCCUCAACGAACUCCUCGGCCGUCGCGGUGUCAUCUUCAUCGCUGCCAUCUUCUCGCUGCUUGCGCCGUUCGGUAUGGCCGUGUCGCAGACUUGGGGUCAGCUCGCGGCGUGCAGGUAA